AUGGGGAAACAAGGGACGAAAGGGCAGAAGGAAAUAUACCAAGAAAAUAGGGCAACCCUGCAGCAGUACGGAUUGGCAGCGCUGGUGUCUAGUGGCCUCUACCUCGUGCUCGGGCUUGUGCUCUGGACUGUCACGACAAACGAAUGGGUGUGGUGGGGCGUCUCGGCGUUUAUUCAACUAUGCGCUAUUCUGCUGAUGCGAUCGAUGGCUAAGGCAGCGCUUGAUGAACGGGGGCACGUUUUGGAUGCGGGCCUUGAUCUCAACGACCCAAGCGCCUUCGGUGAAUAUUGCAAGGACAUCAUAAUUCUGACCACGAUAGUUCAGCUGCUCUCGUUGUACACAGGCUACGCGCAUCUGAUCUUGCUGGCUUUCCCUGGAUAUGGCGGAUAUAUGAUCAUCUUCAAAUUCCUGAUCCCAUGGGCUACCGCACCGACGGAGGCUCCUGAAGGCGAAGACAUGGACGAUCGGAAGGGAAGGAAACGCGACAAAAUUAAAUAUGCUCGGCGU